AUGGAUGAAACAGAGGCGCGCAUGAUCCUGCGCCGAUGCAAGACCUUCACCAUCAUCAACAACGAGCUCUACAAGCACAUCAUCUCUGGAUUAUUUCAGCGGUGCGUCACUGCCGAAGAGGGACGCCAAAUCCUGCGCGACAUCCACGCAGGGGACUGCGGCCACCACGCGGGCGCACGCUUGAUAGUGGCCAAAGCCUUCCGACACGGCUUCUACUGGCCAACAACCCAUGCCGACGCAGUCGAACUCGUUCGUGUGUGCGUCGUAUGCCAGAAAUAUGCGAGCCAGUCGCACAUGCCAGGCUCAACACUGAAGACCAUCCUCCUCACCUGGCCGUUCGCCGUUUGGGGCAUGGAUAUGGUCGACCGGCUCAACGCCCUUCUUCCUGGUGUAUGGCGCAGGGGCUGUCAUGUCGACUGA